ACGGGCAUAUCUCAUCUAGUCAUAACUAGUAACAUGAGUUCUAUGACCAUCCAAGGAGAAUGAUAGAACUUUCCGAGGGUGGCUUGCUAGCAUAUGAAGCACGCAUGGAAUUUUUCAUUGCCCUAAGAAAGAAUUUUCUCUUCUAAACAAAAAGGAAUCAUUCUCUUCCCUUGAUUGAAAUCAAAGUAACCUGGUUUGAUACCCUUGUGACUGAUUUAGAGAGAGGAAUCAGUUGGAAGUCUAUGAAUUUUCUAACUAAAAAACGCAUGCAUGGAAGCCAACGCAGGAUUAAUUUCUGAAUUUGAUCCAUCUAGUGAGUGGCACAAGGAGGAAUUUGAUGUUCUUAUAGUCCAUAUCCCAGAAUUCACCAAUAAACAAGGCUUGAAGGUGCAAAUUAGCAAUUUGGGAGUGGUCAAGAUUUCUGGAGAUCGUCAAGUGGGUAAUUCAAGAAUUAGAUUUUAUAAGGAGUUCCCAAUACCAAAAGACUGUAAUACAGAUGAAAUCCAAGCAAGACUUGCAAAAGGUUUUCUCAAGAUUUCAUUUCCAAAGAAAGUUACAGCCCCUCAUGAAGAGGACAAAACAUCAAAUAAAUCAAGAAUAUCGAAGAAGAUCACGAAUAUGAGUGUUGCAGCAAUGGUAAUUGCGGUGGUUUCUGCCAUCACUAGUUUUACUUACUAUGUGUAUAGGUCUGCAACAGUUGAAGAGUCGUUUUAGUUAUCUAUGCAAGAAAUGAGUUGGGAUCGUUGUGGUGAUUUAAAAUGUGGUGUAAAUAUUGUACGAACAUUUGGGAAUUUCUAUUAGAUGGAUUUGGUUUAUUCUUUAA